UUUUUCUUGCAUGGCUGAAGCACCUGCCUAUGACUUAUAUAUUCGCUUUUUAUAUUGAUGUGAUCUGUGUGUCCUAGCACACAUGGCACAGCUUAAGCCAUUUAUUUUUUGUCUACUGGAAUUGUUUCAUUUUGCCAUACAAGGAUCUUGCUGACAGCGUGGUAGGAAUCCAGGAGUAAACUCUUAGGAGAAACCAUGAGUUGGACUCAUUAUAAAAACUAAACGUCUGUUUGCUUGGAGCUACGCCAUCUGAGGAAUCCAAUUAAGAGAUGACCACUGUGCCAAUGGAGCCCAUAGUGGCAAUGCUGGAGAAGGUUUCCAAUGUCACUGAGCUUCCAGUAGAAGCUUCUACUGAAGACCUGGCUGCCACCUUCACCAUCGGCACCAUCCUGUCCUUAAUGUGUCUGGUGGGAGUGUCUGGAAAUAUCUACACUCUCGUGGUCAUGUGCCACUCCAUGCGCUCGGCUGCCUCUAUGUACAUCUACAUCAUCAACUUGGCACUAGCUGAUCUGCUUUACUUACUCACAAUCCCAUUUGUGGUGUGCACACAUUUCCUGAAGGGCUGGUACUUUGGAGACGCUGGAUGUCGGAUCCUCAUCAGCAUGGACUUCCUUACAAUGCAUGCCAGCAUUUUUACCCUGACUGUCAUGAGCACAGAACGUUACUUUGCCGUCCUCAAGCCUCUGGAUACAGUCAAACGAUCUAAGAGCUACAGAAAAGCAAUCGCCCUCUUGGUGUGGACAGCUUCGUUGAUUCUCACCUUACCCAUGAUCAUCAGCGUCCAGCUGAUGACGGAAAGCUCCAAGCCAAUGUGUCAACCCACCCUGAGCCCUCUCUCAUAUAAAAUUUACAUCUCCUGUCUCUUUGGCACCAGCAUUGUGGCUCCAGGGGUGAUAAUCGGGUACCUGUACAUAUGCCUGGCACGAACCUACUGGAUUUCCCAAACGGAGACGUUCAAGCAGACCAAGAAGCUCCCAAACCAGAAGGUGCUAUAUCUAAUCUUCACUAUCGUGCUUCUGUUCUGGGCCUGCUUCCUGCCUUUCUGGAUCUGGCAGCUUCUAGGUCAGUUUCGGCCUGAACUGGAUCUCUCCACCAAGGCCAAGCGUAACAUUAACUAUCUGACCACCUGUCUGACCUACAGCAACAGUUGCAUUAAUCCUUUCCUCUACACGCUGCUCACCAAGAACUACAAGGAGUACCUCCGCAAGAGACAGAGGACAUGGACAGCUGGCAACUACCCCAACCGGCGGAACCGCUUUCAGCGUUCUUCCCGACGUUCCUUGUCCUCUAGCAGCCAGCAGUGCACGGAGAGCUUUGUCCUUGCGCAUACAUCUCGCACCAACAACAGCAGUUUUUGAGGGAUAGAUGACGGUCUGGGGCAAGACAGGAGCAAAGCAAGCCAAGAAGGCUGGUAUUUUCCUCCUCCAAACAGAAGAGGGAGAGCAAAGGAGGAGUACAGCAGGGAACAGAAGAAAAGCAAGUCACUGCAUGAGGAGUCAUCUCCAUCUCACCUGUUGAUGCAUUUUUCGAUGACUCUUUUUUUUUUUUUAAGAGGGAAAAACCAAUUCCCAGUUCAUCGGUUUUCUCAAACUCUUGGCUAUUAUGACUGUGUACAGGGGAU